AUGGAUCUAUCUGUGUUACCGAAUAACAAUCACCCAGACAAAUUCCUCCGUUUAGAUGUACGGGCUCUAAUUGCAAAUUCUGGGGUUCUGCAGGCCAGACAAUGGCACAACAAAAUAUACUGGCAGAGGGACAAUGAUAUGCCUAUGCAGUCACCAACAACAGAAAGUCCUACAUUAGAAGAUAAUGCACUUCGCAGCCACAUCACUCCAGAAAUAAUACAAUCUACAAUUAGGAGUAAUCCUUUAUUCCUGGAUGUAAGAAGAGAAGAGAAAAGUGAACCAAAGAAGAAGGGGCCGUCAUGGACCAUCGAGGAUUAUGAUAAACAGUCUCCAAAUUCAAAUAUUUCUCUGUACCUGAAGGAAAAUCCUAAUGAUCUGCGCUAUUGGCUGGAAGACAUUUACACACCGGGCUACGAUUCUCUUUUGAAGAAGAAUGAGAAAAAAACCAAGAACUCCAGAUACUGUAAAAUUUUCAUCUAUGGUUUGAUGUAA